AUGAAAUCUUACAUUGGGGAAAAUCAGUUGAAAUUAGAAAAGCUAGACAUUCUAAUCAAAUGGUUUGAUGUUUGUCGUGAAUUGAAUGUGAUUUUCUCUCAUUUUCUCCAACCUUUUGUAUCUGAAUCUCUAAGACGUCAAUCAGAAAAACAAGACAAGGAAUUUGAGGUUGGCAAGAUUGACAUAAAUUAA